AUGGAGGCAGCUGCAGUGGUCACCCCCGAAGGUGGGGCCCAGGGGUGCAGGACACUGAGGUGGGGAGCUCUUCAGCUGCUGUUCCGCCUCCAGUGGGGUCUGGGAUCUCCUCGCAGGAAGUUUGAGUUUAAUCCGAAACUGGGCAUCGAUAACCCUGUCCUGUCCCUGGCUGAAGAUCAUGACCCCUCUGAUCUCUGGGCCCUGGCGAGGCCUCGCUUCUGCCUGCUGAGCAGAGAGGAGGGCAGGGAUUUUGGCUUCCAUCUGCAGCGGGGGCCCGGCAGGGUCCGCCAUGUGGUGUGCUGGGUGGAGCCGGGCACCUCUGCCCAGCAGCAGGGUCUUCGGGAAGGAGACCGGAUCCUCGGGGUGAACGCCCAUGUUGUGGAGCAUGAGGACUUCGAGGUGGUGGUGCGCCUGGUCCGGGCCAGUGGUCCCCGGGUGCUGCUGACCGUGUGGGCACAGCAAGCUCACGACGUGGCCCGAGCUCAGCAGGGGGACGGGGCCCUCCUCUGUCCUGCUCUCAGCCAGGGCGUCCGGCCCCGUCUGUGCCACGUGGUCAAAGACGAGGGUGGUUUUGGCUUUAGUGUGACGCACGACCAUCAGGGUUCUUUCUGGUUGGUGCUGACUGCGGGAGGAGCAGCUGAGCGGGCAGGGGUGCCCCCCGGGGCCCGACUGUUAGAAGUGGAUGGGGUCAGCGUGGAGAAGUUCACUCACAGCCGACUCAGCAGGAAGCUUUGGCAGAGUGGAGAGCAGGUGACCCUGCUGGUUGCAGGGCCAGAGGUGGAGGAACAGUGUCGCCUGCUGGGAAUGCCUCUGGCUGCACCGCUGGCAGAGGGCUGGGCGCUGCCCUCCCAGCCCCGCUGCCUGCACCUGGAGAGAGGGCCCCAGGGCUUCGGGUUCUUGCUCCGGGAGGAAAAGGGCCUUGGUGGUCGCCUGGGGCAGUUCCUGUGGGACGUGGACCCAGGACUGCCCGCUGAGAGGGCCGGGAUGCAGGCUGGGGACCGGCUGGUGGCCGUGGCUGGGGAGAGUGUGGAGGGGCUGGGCCACGAGGAGACCGUGUCCAGGAUCCGGGCGCAGGGCUCCCGGCUGUCCCUCACUGUCGUGGACCCUGCGGCUGACCGCUUCUUCAGCAUGGUCCGUCUGUCCCCGCUCCUCUUCCUGGAGAGCACAGAGGCUCUUGCCUCUCCCCAGAGCACCUGCUCAGCCUCUCUGCCGGAGACCAAGGAGCCCCCGCCUGACGACACGGCCGUGCCUCCUGUCCCCGGGGGCUCCCGCCUGUGCCUCCUGUACCCGGGGCCUGGAGGUGGCUAUGGCUUCCGCCUCAGCUACGUGGCCGAUGGGCCUUGUCUCUUCGUCUCCCAGGUGACCCCAGGAGGCUCAGCGGCUCGGGCGGGGCUGCAAAGGGGAGAUGUCAUCCUGGAGGUGAACGGGGACUCUGUGGACGGACAGGGUGACCUGGGAAGGCUCCAGCAGCUGGCCGAGGCGGAGCCACCUCUGUGCCUGAAGCUGGCCACCAGGUCUCCGCAGGGCUCGGAGGCGCGGGUUCCCCCAGAGCCUGCAGGGGCGAGGAAGGAGAGACAGAGGGCCGGGGACCAGGACGGAGGGGAAUCAGAGAGGAGUGGGCUGUAGCCUCCGACCUGCUGUAGUGCCCCCUCCUUGGCACGGACCUGCCCACUAGCCUUCCUGUUUUCACUCUCCAGUCGGAGGUGGUAGCAGCUGGACCUCUAGGACUCUGGACAAUCACAGGCUUGCCCAGAGCCUGCCUUCCUUCCCAGGGGCACAGCUCCCAGAAGAGGGUGUGGCCAGAGGCCUGGGUGGGCCCCCGGGAAUCCCCCCCAUCCGGCGCCGGGGAAGCCCUGUGGGAGCUUUGGAGGCUGUGCCCGGAGGAUGGAGGUCUGCCUGCGAGGACGUUGUGACUUUGUGGUUUAUAACGAGAACGCGUAUUUGGUCCCGAUGUGCAUUCCUGGCACAGAGCUCCUACAGCCUGCGGAACUCCCUAAGCAGUAGGAGCAACAGGGGUCUCGUUAUUCAUAGAAAGCUCCCUUCAGCCACACCCAGUUUUGUCACUGAGGUGGCUUUUGGAGCAUCUUAGGAUGGGAGAGACCGGUUGCCAGGGGGACCAAUGGGGUUGAAGCUUUCAGCCCCCCCCUGGCCUCUGGGAGGGGAGAGGGGCUGGAGCGUGAAUGAAUCACCAGUGACUUAAUCACCAUGCUUACGUGACGAAACCCUGGAAGGACACUGUUCAGACAGCUUCCCAGUGGCCGAGCGAGCGGAGGUGCUGGGAGGGUGCUGUCCAGAGAGGGCAGGUGGCUCCGUGCCCUGCCCCAGGCAUCUCGUCUCUGUCCCUCCUUGAAUUGCAUGCUUUACAAUAAACUGCU